AAUAUGCUUUUCCAACACUGCUGGAGAAUAAUAUUGCUCUUCACAACACAUGCUUUGGAAAAAGUUUGCUCCAACCCUGAAGCCUUUCCGUCAGUCUGGGUUCAGGGAUUUUCUUUCAUUCUGUUCGAUUACCCCAGCCAGUAAAGAACUGAAAAUUGUGCUUAAAAUAAAAUAAAACCUGUUCAAAACCAAACAAAUUUAAAAAAAAAACCUUUAAAAGUUUCCAAAAGUAAAAGAAAAACCUUGAAAAGUAAAAUGGUGUUCACAAAAAAUGAAAAUCAAGCCUUGGCGAAGAAUAACGAAGCGCAGGAUGCGGUGAGCAAGCUCGCCAUCGAGCGCUAUCCCUUGCGGCACUGGAUCAACCACGCACUCAGCUACUACUCGAACGGACAGUUUGAGAACUUCGUCCAGGUGCUGGAGGCAGCCAUCUCGCGGUGCCUCAAGUCCUCCUCCUCCUACCGGGAUGACCUGGCCAGGGCCUACGCCGUCCUGGUGGCCGGCACUACCAGGCAGGCCUACAAGGAGCUGGGCAACCGGCGGGCCGUGCUGAUGGCCAAGCUGACCAACAUCUUCCGGGUGCUGGACGGCAUGCAGCGGGUCCAGGAGCGCACUGUCCUGGUGACCAAGGGCUACGCCUUCAUGCUGACCGCCGUGCGGGCUGCCGAGGCCGACGGUCUCUUUGUCAACGUCCUCCGGCAGUCGUCGAGCAAUGUCCUGGCGCUGAUUGGACGCGGGUGCCUGGCCUACGCGCGCCACGACUACCUGGCGGCCCUCGGAUUCUUCAAGAGCGUGCUGAUGCACCAGCCCCGCGGCCCGGGCGACGUCCGGGUGGCCAUCGCCCACUGUUUCCUGAAGAUGGGCGAGAUGGACAGUGCCCGGCGCUGCUUCGAGCUGGCCCUGGAGAACAACGGUCGCAGCCAGAACGCCCUGCUGGGCAUGGCGCUCCUCAAGCUGAACCAGUGCAACAAGGACACCCAUGUCGAGGCCAUCAACCUGCUGUGCGCCGCCUUCGAGCUGAACCACCGCCACCCAGUCGUCCUGGGCAUCCUGGCCAGCCACUACUACUACGCCGGCGACCACGAGCAGGUGUGGUCUCUGGCUGGGAACGCCUACCUCCUGACGGACAUACCGCAGCUGCAGUCGGAGAACUGCCUGCUGAUUGCCAGGAGCUUCCACGCCACCCGCCAGUUCGACAAGGCCAAGGAGUUUUACGCGCUGUCCGUGAAACUGGCCCCCGAGGGCUAUGUCCUGUCCCAGCUGGGCCUGGCCCAGAUGUACCUGCGGCGCGGGGAACGGAACGAGGCCAAGGGCUGCCUGGAAACGCUGCUGAAGGUGUUGCCCAAAGAGCACACCGGGCUGGUACUGCUGUCGAAGAUCUACUUGGCGGAGAGGGCGGCCGGGCAGGUGGACCAGGCCGUGGAGAUGCUGGGCAAGGUGGUGGAGAGCCCCCUCGGGCGCCAGGACUGCAACUGCUGGCUGGCUCUGGCCUUCGGCUACGAGCACAAAGGGCUGUGGGGCCAGGCCAUCGAUUCCUACCAAAAGGCCAUGGCCAUUUGCGAGAAAUCGGGUCGAGAGGUGCCCGUCGAGUGGGUCAACAAUCUGGCAGCCACCCAGCAGCUGGCCAAGAUGCCGCAGCAGGCCCUCGCCACCAUCGACGAGGCCCUGGCCAGGAGCGACAGGGCUGGGGACGAGCACCGGCAGACGAAUCUGUUGACCUUGCGCUUCAAUCGCUGCAGGAUUCUGGAGGACCUGCACAGGUGCGACUUGGCCGAAAUAGCCUACAAGGUGAUACUGGACGAGUACCCCAGCUACUACGACUGCUACUUGCGGCUCGGCGCCAUGGCCCUGCGGCAGAACAAGAUGUCCAUUGCCACCGAGUACUUCAAAGACGUCCUUAAAGUGGACAACGAAAACCUGCCAGCCAGAUCCUAUCUGGGCAGCUGCUACCUGAAGCUGGGACUCGCCAGCCAGGCCAUGUACAACUUCAGCGUGAUCCAGGACUCGUACGGCCUGGUGGCCAUGGGCAAUGUGUGCCUGCACGACCUCCGAAAGUGCCUCGACAACGGGGACAGGUACUACGCGAAGAAGCACCUGGAGAAGGCCUUGCAGUUCUUCAAGAAAGCCCUCGAGCACAACCCCCGGAACUUGUGGGCGUCCAACGGAAUCGGCGUGGCGUUAAGCGGCCGCGAGUUCUCCUCCGAAGCCGAGGCCACCUUCCAGCAAAUCGUGGAAGCUGGCAGGGAGUGCCCGCCGGCCAUUCUGAACUUCGCCCACACGGCCCUCGCGAAGGGCCAGUACAAGCAGGCCAGCCAAACCUACAAACAGUGCCUGGAGGAGUUCCUGCCCCACAACUGCGUGGAGACCAUAGUGCCUCUGGCCAAGUCCCUGUACAUGGAGGGCAAGGCCCGCGAGGCCAAGAUGUGGCUUCUGAAAGCCCGCCACGUGGCGCCGGAGAACCCCGUGGUGAUGUACAACCUCGGCCUGGCCAUCAAAAGUGACUCCGAGCUGAUCUUCCAAGCCCCCCGACCCGAACUAACUGAACUCGUUAGAGCUGAGUUAGAAUUAAAGGUCUCUUACAGCUACUUCGAUUACCUUUCAACCUCCUUACUCCAAACCGACGUCUCCCUGAGGGCGGCUGCCAGGCAGGCCAAGAAGUGCGAGAGCCUGCUGGCCAACUUGCCGAUGGAGCUGCGCCGCGUGCGCCAGCUGGACGACCUGGACGAGGAUCGCAUCAGACUGCAGACGCAGCGCUACGAGGAGCGCCAGAAGCAACUGGAGCAGCAGCGCUUGCAGGAGGAGGAGGAGAAGCGGAAGCUCCGCGAAGACCAGCUGGCGAAGAGGCUGGAGAUCCUCGAACGGACGAAGAAGAUAUUCACGAAGACAGCUCCCGAACCCAGGCCAGGGAAGAAGCCAUCGAAGAAGGGCGCGGGUAAAGGGCGCGGAAAGAAGAACCAGCGGGAUGACCUGGAUGACGAGGAUCUGGAUGGAGAUUCUCCAGAGGGCCAGAGGAAGUCGCGCAAACCGCCUCCCAUCAAGGACACAAAGUCCUCAAGGAAACGCAAAGCGGUCCAGUCCAGCGACAACGAAGCGUCAGAACAGCCCGCGAGGUUCAAGAGCAGGGAGUUCAUCGACACCUCCAGCGAGGACAGCGACAUUGGCUUCGAAGGUCACAAGUCCAAGAAGCGGCCAAAGGUCUUCUCGGACUCCGAUGAGAGUGACAUGGAUGCCGAGCAGGAUGGCCAAAAGACUCCAGAGGCGAUUCCCGAGGUGGCCAACGAAGAGGAUCUCAAUCCUGCUUGUGACGAUGGAACCGAGAUGGAGUUAGACCUGGAACUCAACCUGGAAAACGAGAGGAAGCAGCAUUCCAAGCCGGAAGCAUCUGUGGAGUUCUUGGUGGCCCAAGAGCACCUGGAGCAGCCCGGGCAGCUGGUGGACCGCCUCAAGGAGAUCAGCGAGCGCCGUCAGCUGGAGAUGGACAACUUCAUGGCUGCUCGGGAGAGCGGGGAGCUCAACGGCGCCGAAGCAGAGGCCUCUGACAUGAUAACCGAGUACAUGGAGACCCUGAAGAAAAAGAUGGAGACGAAACCCAAGUAGGCUGUGGCUGCUAACCUGUUCGUUCGCUAACUUGAUUAAACGUCAAGUGGGCUUCUGUGUGAUGAGCACAUAGUUGAGAAA